GCUCUCUAAAUCUGUCUCUGCAAAACCAUGGAAGGAGCGUCUUCAGCAGCCGUUGAAGUUCUUGUUCAAAACCUGAUCAACCUUUUCAAGGAAGAGUACUCUCUACUUCGAGGUCUCGACAAAGAUGCUCAUCAGCUGCAGAGGACUUUGGAGACGAUUCAAGCCUACUUGAAAGAUGCUGAGAAGAAAUCCAUCACCCAAGAAGCUGUCAAGAUUUGGUUGAGGGAGCUUGAAGCCGUGGCUUUCGAUGCUGACAAUGUCUUGGAUGAACUCAGCUAUCAUCUUCUCCACAUAAAAGUGAAGAAAAUGAAGACUCCCGAAGACAAGGAUAAGGUACUAUCAUGCUUCUCACCAAUUAAUGGCAUUUUCCGUCGUCGUAGUUUGGCUCACACAAUCAAACAAAUCAAUGCUAAUUUUGAGUGUAUGAACAAAAGGGCAACAAAUCUUGGUAUUCAAAGCAUGGUUUUGAAUGCACCUGCUGCUAUUACUCAUACUUCCAUUCAAACGGAUUCAGUCAGUCUUGAUCCAAUCUUCAUUGGAAGAGAUGAUGAUGUGCCUAAACUAGUUCACAUGCUCACCCAGAUCCAGGAUGAUCGGAUCUUUUCCAUGGUUGCUCUUGUCGGAAUGGGGGGUAUGGGGAAGACUACAUUGACUAGGAAAGUCUUUAAUCACGAAAGCUUAAAGACUCGAUUCGGAUCACUUAUUUGGGUUCAUGUUUCCCAAACUUUUGAUCCAAUCAGUCUUUUCAAAAAAAUCCUUUCAUCAUUGGCUUCAGAUAUUGGUGAUGGAGGUGGGAACAGGGAACGUAUCUUGAAAAAGCUUCAAGAAGUUCUCAAGUCUAAAAUUUAUCUUCUUGUUCUUGAUGAUGUAUGGAAUGAAGAUGUUCCAAUGUGGGAAGACUUUAUAAAUUCCAUGUCAGGAAUUACUUCCACUAUGAGAAAUGGCAUUUUGAUAACCACCAGGAGUGAAAAAGUUGCUUCAACUGUUAACCCAUUUCAUAUUCAUCAAUUGAAUGGCUUAUCAGAUGAAGAAAGUUGGUCCAUAAUCAAAGUCAAAACUUUUGGCGAAAAGGGUGAAGUUCCAUCAAGAUUCGAGAUGAUUGGAAGAAAGAUUGCUAAAAGAUGUAAUGGUUUGCCCUUAGCUGCCAAUGUAGUCGGGGGAGUGCUUCGCGGUAAAUCGGAAGAAAAGUGGCGCAUCAUCAAUGAAAAAUGGCUUUCAGAUGCUGAAGGAAGGGAAAGUAUUUCAAAAAUAUUGAAAGUAAGCUUUGAUCACUUAUCUUCAUCGUCGCUGAAGAAAUGCUUCACGUUUUGUUCGGUUUUCCCCAAAGGUUGGGAAAUUGAGAAGCAUGAGUUGAUUGAACUAUGGAUGGCCGAAGGCUUUCUUCAACCUGACCAAAGAGAUAACAUGGAGUCUGUUGGCAAUAUGUUUUUUAAUGAUCUUCUACAAAACUCUUUGUUGCAAGUUGCAAAUAAAGAUGAGUACAGAAAUGUUUCAAAGUGUGUGAUGCAUGAUCUUGUGCAUGAUCUUGCAUCCUCUGUCUUAUCCAAUAAUGAAGAUGGCGGCACUCCAUUUUGAUACAUGUUUCUCAACAAAGAAUCAAGUCCUCUUCCGAAAAAAGUGGCUAAGCAUUUGCGGACAUUAUUCUUGCAUGGUGAAACUUCUGGUACAAAGUUGUCAGACUUUGAAUGUUUGCAUAAUCUUACUCUUUUUGGUAACGAAGAGUUGCCGAAUUCAGUUAAGAAGAUGAUACAUUUGAGAAAUUUGAAUAUUUCCGAUUCAAAUAUUGUAAAGUUGCCGAAAUGGAUUGGUGAACUCCAUCACUUGCAAACAUUAAGAUCAUCUUGGGAAUUAGAGAAACUGCCAAGUACAUUGAAGUACAUGUUUAACUUAAGGCAUCUUCAUAUCCAUUCUGAUACAAAGUUGCCGGCAGAGAUUGGGAGAUUGACUAAUCUCCAAACACUCCCUCACUUCACAGUGGGCAAAGAGAAGGGAUACCAAAUUGAAGAGCUUGGAUGUUUGAAGAAUCUCAGAGGAAGUCUAUGGAUUCGUAAUCUGGAAAAGGUACGUGAUAAGGAAGAGGCUUUGAAAGCAAAUAUGUUUCAAAAGCCAAACUUAUUUGAUUUGGUGUUUGAAUGGAGUGAUGAUAGAGAAGAUGAAAGGAACGAUGAGAGAGUGUUGGAAGGCCUCCAACCUCAUGCUAAUCUGAAGAAGUUGAAGAUUUCAGGAUUCAGACGAAAAAGAUUUCCAAUAUGGACUGAGAAGAUGGCAGUACGUGAUGGUCCUCAAGGCUCUUGGGUACCAUUUGCCAACUUGAUUACAAUUACACUCUCUGAUUGCUCAGAAAUUGAGGAAAUCCCGACGCUGGACCACUUGUCUAAGCUCAAGUCUCUUUCUUUGCACAAAUUGAAGAAGGUGAGGUUCAUAAAUACUUCAUUCAAUCAUUUAACGUCACUCGAAAUAGAACAGUUACAGGCAUUGGAAUGUCUGCCAGAAUGUUUAUUCCUUAACAAUCAGAAUCUCUCAUAUGUGAGUAUAUCAAGUUGUCUUGUGUUGAGAGAAUUACCGGAUGGCUUGGACACCCUCAAUUCUUUGGAGAGAUUGUAUAUUUUGAAUUGUGAGAAUCUGAAGUCGAUUGGGAAUCCAAGUUGUGGAGCACGACAAUCACAGCAGAUUCUCCGUCGGCUGAGCAUUGAAAGGUGUGGAGAGCUGAUGGAAUUGCCGUGUGAAAUGCUAGAGUCGUGGGCCCCUACAAUUGAGUAUCUUGAAUUGAGAGGAUUAAGGAGGCUAAAGAAUCUACCAAUGCUAAUUGACUGCCUCGCUAAAUCAUCUACUCGUCUCACAUAUUUGACCAUUUUUUAUGUUCCUAAAUUGAUGGCUGCUAAUAGCGUUGAGAGUUGGGAUUUUAGCAGCUUGGAAACAUUAGAGAUAGAUGUGAGUGUGGAAUGGUCAAGAGAGGAUAGUGUAGGCAUUGCAGAGACUGUGGAUGGGAUGCUGCAAUCAUGCUGCAACAAACUUACUGGCUUAUAUUUGAAGGGGGUGGAAAAUUGGGAGUGGCUGCCCAAAUCAAUUCAUAAUCUCACUCUCCUUAAUAGUUUAUGGUUGGAGAAUAUAGGAGUAGAAGAAUUGCCCCAAUGGUUGGGGAACCUCUCAUCUCUGACAGAAUUACGGGUAUUUAGUUGCAAAAAGUUGAAGCAUCUGCCCUUUGUGGAUGCAUUGAACCACCCCACCAAAUUAGAAAUUUUGUGUAUUAUAGAUUGCCCGGAACUACGCAUUGAUUCAGAGUGGCGCAACCACCAUCAACAUCUGGAUAUCGUGGUCGAUGGCCAACCCUUUUGAAUUUUGUAGCAAGAGAAGAAAUGGAACAAAAAUGGAGCUUAUACCUUAACUCAUGCAUGUGGAAGCUCUCAUCCUCUCUCCCAAAUUUGUAUUUACCUCAAUUUUAUUAUUUUAAUAGUAUAUCUUUAUUCUUAUUUAAAUGUCUCUUUUUGAAUAAGAUAGAUAUUUGUGAUAAUGAAUUAUCAAUUAAAAUUGUUCAGAGGAUAAUUUGAUAA